ACGCGGGGUAUUUCCCACCUUCAAAAAAGAUAUUAAUAGUACGUAAUAUCUCUCUGCAAAAUGUUUCUUCGGAAAAAAAGUAUUCAUUGUUCAUUCUCGCAGCUUGUGCUUAUUCAGGCUUGUAUUCAUGUUGCACGCAGCAACACAGGUGUACAUGAAGCCAACACGGUGGUCGGACGGUGUCAGAGCCUUUACGUUUCUGCAUGCACCGCAGGGAAAAUCCAGCCUGCUCACUUUCACUGCCACCAUCAAACACGUUUCAAUAAAACAGUAAUCCAGGCUGAUGAAUUAUUACCAAGUUCAGCUUCCUGCUGUGCUUUGGUUCGUUCGUUUGGUUCAAUCUUAACUAAUGUUGCGGGGGGGGGAGGUUGCUGCACGCGGUUUUCUUUCUCCUGGUUAUCACGUUAAGACUGUGGUGGCCCCGCACAGUCUGUCAGCAUGCGUUCCCAAGGCCACCAGCUGAGGGCGGCACGACACAAUAUUGAUAGAGCUGCCUCCAUCCUGAUGCUGUAACGUAAUGAAGCAGUGUAUUGCUUACCAAAAAGAUAAAGUUUUUGAAACUGGUCUCUGUAUCCCCAGUAUGCAGUUUGUGUAUUUUUUUUCUCGUGGGGUAAGAGGCAAAAAAGCAGCUGUUGAAGAGUAAAUGAAGUGAUUACGGUUAUUUCUGCUGAUGUAACAUUUACACUGAUUUUACAGAAAAUAUAGGAGUUGCAACAAAAUUUGAUUUUAUGGCUCUGGUGCAUUAAUGAAGAAGUCACCUUAUUUUUUCCAAAAAGAUACAGAAGUCUGCUAAACAAAGCUUAAAAUUUUAUGCUUUGUGAACAAUGGUUCAUAAAAGAAGAUAUCUCAAACUUAUUUCCAUAGACUAAAACAUAAAAAUAAAUUGUACCUAAUUGUUUCUGCUCUACUUGCAAUUUUGCAAUAGGACAGAAGGAAGGUGAAGAUUUAAUCUAACUUCAUGGCUCAUCUUAACUUGAAAGUGUCACCACAAAAUCAUUUAUUUUUUCAACAAAAGGACUUUCUCACAAUUUUAUCCAUAAAAAACACACACAGGCGUCUUAAAUUUGAAAACUACUCGAGUAGACGUACAGCUUAGGCCGCAUCUUCUCAGUCAUGUGACGCAACAAAGGAGUCACAUCUCCGCAUGGACCUCUGGUGUGCAUUUCUUUUUUUAUAUAUAUAUUAACGGCCUUAGUGCAUCACAACAGGAAGCAAGAAUAUUACUUGUCUAAAUGUGACAGUGUCUACAAAUAGAAAUGGAGGUUGAGGUAAAAUUUCCAGCCAUGACGACACCAUGCUUUAUAAUUUCGAUUUCGAAGUUAAUUUCUUUUCUUAUGUACAAAAAGUGGUUUUGCAGCAGCCUGAGUGUACUGCAAAUAGCAGAUGAGUGGUGAGAGGACAUUAAAUGUGAAAAAGAAAAAAAAAAUUAGGUGACAAACACUUCUCUUUUUCUGUGAAUCUGAGGCGUCAAAGAUUUAACCUUCAUACAGGGAAAAAAAAAAAUCUGUAAUUUCAGUUUACUCCUCCCAGUUAUGCUUUGCUGUGAAUAUCUGUAAGACACAUAACUUUGUUGGUAUCUUUUCUCUGGUUGUUGUGGCUUAGUUUCUUGUACUACUACUAAUACAUACUAGUAUUACUAUGACCGUUCCUAUUACAUUUAAGUGUUUUCUGGAAAGAGGCAUGAGCGAAGUGCUUGAUAUGUAUAAGCAUGUCUGAGUGGAUGAAACGUGAUUGAAUACAAUACAACGCAUUGUAAUGUAGCUAGAAUACAGUGAACAUAGCAAUGCACUGCAAAGACAAAAAAAAUAUGGCAAAGUUCCACUUGACGAAUGAGAUAAUGGCGUGGCAUUACUCUAUUCUGGGGUGUUAAAAGCAUUUCCCUCUGCAACGCUAGCAUACAACAAUACACGUACACGCAAAAACGUCUCUUUGAAAUUGACAGCAACAUCAUACAAGCGAGAAGCCAGUGUGGGCAAGCCACCUACACCACAACACUAUUAAGAUCAAUGAGUGCACUCAGACAUUUUCCAUGUGACAACACAGGUGGACAGUCCAAAUUACAGGAAAACAACAGACAAAGAAUGAGAAAGCAGAAGGAGGGAGGUGAGCGGGCAGGACUGAAAUCAUCAAGACAUUAUCAGCCCCCCUCAGCUUAUUUGCGCAUCACUCUCAUGACACAUUCUCAAAGGAGUGUUAGCUGCUGUAAGUUGCAUAUUACAUUGGCGAGCACAGGAUUUCUCUGAAUUAGGUUGUUUACACCUCUGCAGCUGGGGGCUUUCUGUACACAACAGUUAAAGGUCUCGGCUGGUGGUCACUCAUUUUUCAUAUACCCAUGGAGUCCCUGUCUUCACCUUUUCAUUCACGGCAAGACAACCACACCUUACUCAUGGAAAAUGAACUGGUACAGAAGGGACCCCGUCGCAAAAGGGAGUUCAUACCUGAAGAGAAGAAGGAUGCUCUCUACUGGGAGAAACGUCGUAAGAACAACGAAGCAGCCAAACGGUCAAGGGAGAAGAGAAGGAUGAAUGACUAUGUGCUGGAGAGUCAUCUUAUGGCCCUGAAAGAAGAAAAUACCAGGCUUAGUGCUGAAUUAAUGGCCCUGAAGCUGCAUUUUGGCCUGGUCCACCCUGCAGCCUACACUGCCCACCACAAUAAUCACCAGCAGCACCAAGCCCACAGCAGCACAGCCAUGAGCACACAUCACCAGUACCUGCAGAGGGACUUCUACUGGAGUGGUAGAGAUCCUUCUGUUAUGCCAAGCCACCAACCAUCUCACCCUGUUUUCAUCCCUGCAUAUGCCUUCAAUAACAUGAGAGGCUAUUCAUAUUUUAACACAUCCAGUACUACUGGCUCUGGCCUCCUCACUCCCCUCGUCCUCCCUCAAAAUCUCUUGCCCGCCCGUUCAUCCCAUCGUGGAGCUCCCAUACUGAAGCCCAUUCCCACAAGAGCUGCCUCAGAUGAAGAGGAGGAGCAGCAGGUCCCAGGGGUGUUGUCCCUGCCCUUCCCUGCUCCACCACAGAAAAUCACCUCUAGAGGACACAGAAACUGUUCUCUACCAAAACAGUACAUGUCUGACUAAUAUAGAGGGGUUUAUCUAUGGUACAGCUGUUAUAUUAACUGAUAGACAAAUCGUCCAUUUCUCUUUAUGCACCUGCUCACACUGUAAGUGUCAGAGCUCUGUUUUUUGGGAGUUAAUGGUGCAUACUGCAAGAAGAACUGUUAAAGUGCACAGAGCGUGGAAACCUCAACACUCUCCACUUUUUGUGUCACAGUACACACUGACAGUAUAUGUUGGAUGAUGAACAUCGUACUUCAACCACAUUAAGAGUUUUUUGCCCAUAAAAACUAAAAGUAAUCCAAUCAUAUACAUGUUCACAGCAUGUCCUGCUGUGACACAAAUAUAGAAGUUACUUCAAAUCUUAUCUGUGUGUACUUUCUUCAACAUGUCAAAGUUCAAUGAUCAACAAUGGGUUAAAGCUCACCAUUCUCGCAUUAGAGGACUGCUCUUCAUUAAACCACUCUAAGCUGCAAAAGUGUGAUUUUUUUUUUUAAUUUACAUGUAUAAAUGCUGACUACAACUGUUACAGACAUAUUUUGUUGAUGGAUUAAUAUUACUUGGUGCUAAUGUACAUCUGUUAGCAGUUGUAGUCAAAAUCAGACUAAUGUAGUAUUACGCUCCUUUUAUCAUACAGUGAAAUGCAGCUGAAAACGUGUUAGAAUAAACUUGUAGAUUAUAUGCAACAACAUGGUUUCACCCGCGACUGAAAUUACCUAAACAAACUGUUGGCGACAACCUGCCUCUGAAUGGAAACAGUGAAUUAUGAUGCUGUAUUGCUUUGGUUUUCCUGUGUGGGCAGAAACCUUCACCUUCUUCCACAGUGUGUUUGACUCUUCCAGUCUGCCAGUAAGUUUGGAAUGACAUUGUUGUGUUUUAUAUAAUUCAAAUAAAAAAAUUAAAUUGAAAACAAUGUCUUAAGUGUCAGCUUUUACAGAUCAGAAACCCUGCAAAAAAGAGAGAAAGAAAUAUCUUUCUCCAUAACCCAGGAAAUGAUGU